UAGCGUCUCGGUAUCUGUAAGUGGAUUAAUUUUUGGAUAGUGUCACGACUUGCUUAAAAAAAACAGUGUUUUACAUCGGGUUUAGCGAUUCUUGUACGACAGGAUGAGGUUUGUUUUGUUUUUAAUGUUCUGUUUGACUUGGAUGUUUUGGUCUUUGGUUCCCGUUCUAUGGUGGGUAAAACACGCCUCCUCAUCGGUCUUAUGACGCUCCAGAAAACCUGUUCUUUUUUGUAAUUGGACAGUAACCGUCCGUGUUUUUUGAGUGACGUCUUGUCAGAAGACAGUGUGUUCACCGGCAGUCCCUACAUUUAAGUGUCUCAGCAGCCUGCUCGUUCAGAUCAGUGUUAUUAUUCCAGCUCGGAGGACGGUUCAUAUGGAUAAAAAUAAGGCUCGUUGUCUACCUUCCUGAGAAUCAAUGGAUGCCCUGAUUGCAGCACCUGAGUAGGUGAGCGGGUUUGCAGUUGUACUGAAUCAAAAUGAAGAUUCAGACUUUCAGUCACCACCUGGACUUGGCCCCAGAUGCACCCCUGAUCCAUCUGUCAAUCUCACCCUCCAUCUUAACCACAUUUGUAAACAAGACCCCAAGAAACUUGAACUCCUCCAUUUGUGGGAAAUAACUCUCUCCUGACUCAGAGGGGACAAUCCACUCUUUUCAGACAGAGAACCAUGGUCUCAGAUUUGGAGUUCUCCUUCAUGGUCCUUGCAAGAUACUCCCAGGUAGGAGACAUGCUACGAAGGAAGGGGCCUGAGCCAUACUGAUGCGUUGGGAUGGACCAUAUGGAUUUUUCAUGUUGACCCUGGCUUUUCCAAAGUUGAGUAGAGCUGUGGUGCGUGUGGGGAGACUGGCACUUCAUCUUAGCAAAGAAACCAUGACCACGAGUCACCAGUGCUCAAGUCCCUCCUCUGCUGCUAAAGUGGAAACUCCCACUGCUGCCAUUCUCAUCAUUGGAGACGAGAUCCUCAAGGGCCACACAGUGGACACCAACAGUGCCUUUCUGGCCCGAUCCCUGAGGAAACUUGGUGUGUCUGUGCAGCGAAUAACAGUAAUACCAGAUGUACAGGAGGUGAUUGCUAGAGAGGUCACCCUGCUUUCAUCUCAGUAUAUACAUGUUAUAACCUCAGGGGGCAUAGGACCCACUCAUGAUGAUGUCACCUUUGAAAGCAUUGCCAUGGCAUUCCAAGAAGAUUUAUACAUCCAUCCAGAGCUUGCACGUCUGGUUGAGAAGUUUUUCGGGGUAGUAGAUAAAGACAGUGCUGCUAUGAAGCUGGCCACAGUGCCUUCUUCUGCGAAACUCAACUACAUGACUGACCCUCAGACUGGACAGCCUGUCCAUUACCCACUGGUUAGUGUACACAACGUAUAUGUUUUUCCUGGGAUCCCGGCUCUGCUGGAGAAAGCUUUUAAUGGGCUGGAGCACCUCUUUGCUGGUUCAGGGACAACUUUUCACAUGCAUGAGGUGUAUGUGAAUAGAGAUGAAGCAACAAUUGCCCCUGUGCUGGCAAAACUCCAGGCUGGUUGGGGUCGGAAGGUGGCACUGGGCUCAUAUCCUGACUGGUUGAGUAACUAUCACAGAGUCAAGCUGGUCCUGGACUCAGACAGCCAGGAAGCAGUGGAUAAAGCCCGGGCAGAGCUGCUGGACGAGUUGCCCAAGGGUAGCGUAGUACCCUUAGUCACUGACCCAGUGUCCAUUGCCACUGCUGAGGUCUACACAAUGGCGAACAGCGGCACACCGUUGGGUGACAAAGUUCUGUCUGCUCUGAAGACGAUAGAGGCUGCACUGGAUCAGUAUUCAACAGAUGAAGUCUGUAUUGGCUUCAACGGUGGAAAAGACUGCACAGCACUGCUGCAUCUUUAUUAUGCAGCACUGAAGCGGCGGUAUCCAGAAAGCAAAGACAAGGUUAAAGCUCUCUACAUCCGUAUUGUGUCUCCCUUUCCAGAAAUGGAGAGAUUCAUUCAGGACACAAUAAAAAAAUAUGACUUGGAGCUGUUCUCUGUGGAGGGCAGCAUUCGGCAGGCUCUGUUUGAGGUGCAGGAGAGGAGGCCAGAGCUGAGGGCCGUACUGAUGGGGACCAGAAAGAGUGACCCCUACUCUCUCACACUCACAUCCAUGUGUCCCACUGAUCAUGGGUGGCCCAAAUACAUGAGAGUCAACCCAUUACUAGACUGGAACUAUCAUGACAUUUGGUCGUUUUUGAGGACUUUAUACGUGCCCUACUGCAUUCUCUAUGAUAAAGGGUACACAUCACUGGGCAGUAUGGACAACACUUGUCGAAACACUGCCCUCCAGGAGGUGGAUGGGAAGGGGGUGACACGCUACAAGCCGGCCUACCUACUAGAGAAUGAAGAAGAAGAGCGCAACUUUCGUGCCUGAUGUUGUCAUUAAUCACCCUCACUUAACGACUGAACACAUAGAGACAGCGUUUUAUCCACAACAGAAAAGGGAGAAUGACGUGAACACUGGGUAGAUUUAACAUGUCUGAGUGCAGAAUGAGUGAGUGGGUUUGCCUCUUGUGUAUGUACACAUGGCAGUCUGGUGUUGAAUAAAACAUCAAUCUGUGUCAUCUUUUUC